GUUUUAAUGCCCUUUGUUCUGUCACGGUGUUUUGACUUUGGUCAGUGAGCUCUCCCUCUCCCAGUAGCGCGUCAACACAUUGUUUCCGAGGAUCCAAGAGAAAAAGUCCAUUGUUGUUGCGAAGUUUAUAAUCUGGGGAUUUAAAGCACAUCACAUGCUCAGACUGAGCAGCGGGGCGGUCUACCACAACAGCAAACUACUGCAAAAAUCCAUGCUGGAGAGGAAACAAUUCAUCCCGAAAGGACAGAGAAAUACGUUUUAUUCGCACUGAAAUGCCUGCGUACUUUUGGGGAGUUUAGGAUCGCCGGAGAAGUGUAUUUAAAGUUGUGCGAAACUGAAUUCACGGGAGAAAGCGCCUGAAUUUGAAGACAAACGAUGACGCUCCAGUACAGCCAGCGGUCUCUCAUAGUGCUGUCCUUACUUGGGAUUUUAUCGGCCAUCAUGUCGGUUUUAUCGGUCAUUUUGAUUUUCCAGCUCCAGUCUCAACAGGCGGCAGUAAAGGAGUCUCCCCAGUCCACCUCCUGGUUGAUCCCCGCUCAUAUCUGGGCCGUCUUGCUGCCAGUGUCCACAGUGCUCUCCGCCUUGUCUCUCACCCUCCAUUUGAGCUCGGUGGUUGUGUGUCUCCUCCACAGCUACUUUUCAACAGAGGUCUGCAGAGGAGAGCAGGACACGGAGAGAGCAGACUGGUUCCUUUUGGAUAGCAGAGGUGUGCGACACGUGGCUAUCGGACUCUUCUGCCUGGGGGUUUCUGUCUACUUGGCAGCUAUGUCCAUCUUUAUGCUCCUCAUAUUUGAGGUGGAGACAGGCAUUGCGAGUGCUUGUGUUCUCUCAUCCGGGAUCCUAAUCCUGCUGGUCGUUGUGAUCCACUCUCUGGUCAAAGCUUCUCAGAGUGCCAAACACUAUCACAACGACCACCUCGGCACCCUCUACCAGAACGACCACGGGAGCAGCAUCACACCUGUCUCCCGACCCUGCGAGCUUAAAAUUGGCGUGGACAAACCGCGGAUGCAACGCAGCCAGUCUCACCUGCAGCAUCAGAUCGCCUACCCUCAAUGUGGCAACCCGAGGCAGCAACAGUACCAGCAGGAGCAUCAGUACUCCCCUGCUGCAGGCUCCCAGGGCCACGGUAGUGAUAAAGACGGCUACAGCAGCAGCAGCAAUUGUCCCCGAAUGCACAGGACCCUGUCUACUGAGUCUGGUCUACUGCAGACCCAAGCUAAACCCUGGAAUGGGGUCAACAAUGAGAUGAGGAGUGUCCUUGCACGCAAGUCAGGGAUCACCGCAAAAGACUCUACUCUUGUUUGAAACAAAGGAAGCUGAGCUCGUGGUUAAAUACACUGAUGACUUUUGAGCAUCACAAGAGGACUGCUAAUAAGAUUGUGACUUAAAACUGUCACUUUGUUCCAUUUGACACUCAGAAUGCUGAUCCUGAGCACAUCGACACAGGUGGAAAAACAUAUACAUCAACUGAUUCUCCUGUUCCGAUUUUAAAGUAUUUUACAUUUUUUGAAAACAUUUUGAGCACACAUUAAGUCAAAUGUGCCGUGCUUCAUGUGAAUAAGCUUGAUUUCAAAUCUCACCAUCGUUGCCCAAAUAUCAAUCUGGCAAAUGUUCAUAUUUUAUUGUAAUAAUGUGAAUACUUUAUUCCACUGUAUAUGGUGGCUUUUGCCGAAUAUUUGUGCACAUGUGUUUUGUUACGCUUUGUUCAAAAUCGUUUCAUAUCAAUUGUAAAUUAAAAUGAAUUUAGAGGGAAACACAUUUUUAAAAGUAGAAUGCCUUGAGACCCAAAAUGAGACUAAAAUAUGUGCACAAAAAACAUGUUGACUUUAAAUGUCAUUUAAACGCACAUUUUUAUAAUUUCUUGAUAAAUAAAAUAAAAGAUAAUCCUCAA